CCGUUAAAAUAGACCAGUGCAGAGGGUGAACCUGCAGCGGCCUCGAUGGGACCAGCGCAGAGAAACGACUGUCUUUCCUGGAAUUGAGACUAAAAUAUAUCCUGCAGCCUACUUCUGAAAUCGAAGAGUAUUCGUGUCGGAUUAUAGGCAAUUCGAACGAAUCAAACGAAGUUUUGAUUAUUUCUUACAAGAAAAGGACAAUAUCCAGAUGGAGGAAGCAAAGUUGACCUGGUUACCUUUGGAUGUCACGCUGUUCUUUCUGAACCUCGAUGAACUAAACCUAUGUUCAAAUGAUACUUUUCCAAGACCUUGACAUUCUCUCACAGCAAUACAAGGGAAGGAACCGACGUAAAAGAUAACGGUAUACCAUUCGGACCACGGGAGCAGGCGCGCAAGACAGACCAAGAAACUACCUAAGACACAAUUUCUUCAGAUUUAAAACAUCUAAAAGUAUUGAAGGCCAGUUUUCUUAAAAUUGUAAUGCUUCAAUUCACGCUACAUCGUUUCAUCAUACAUCGGGGGAGUCUAGAACGUCUUUACGUUGACUUAUGACCUGGGCAGUAAUAGGAUAUUCUUCCCAUUAAACGCCACACUGAAUUAUUUAAUUUGUUUCAGCCAGGUUUGGCAAGUUUAUAGCCAAUUAAGGCAAAUUGAACUUGAAUUCUCAAGAAUGUAUUCUAUUUAUAAAUAACUAUACAGUCAAUGAAUUAAAGUCUAAUUGCAUUUAAUGCAAAUAGUUUCUUCCUGCAUAAUUAAGACAUUACUUAAAGCAGGUUCCAGACUGUCUCCCCUAUUCACACAAAAAAAGAUAUUCUUGAAAAAGAAAUGUUAGAUGGCCUACUGCAACCGAGAAACAUCUGAUGUCACGCACAACAGGAAAUGCAAGUUUAACCACACUAAACAUAGAGAAGCACAACUAUAGGUGCUAAGAUCGUCCAAUAUGAUGUUGAAGUGUUACGUUAGCAGUUUUUGUAAAAUAUGUUUACGUCACAAUUGUGUUUUGUCACAAAGUGAAUGCGAGCGUAAGGUGAAUCUCCAGUGGUCUGUUGUCUUUUUGCGCUGCCCAACCCUUAAGACAAGGAACAUGAAGUUGCAUCUUCACUUUUAGGGGAAGUGUUUUGCUUGUCCAUUAAAAGAAGAAAGCAUGCUUCUGUGAAUUUUGCCACAUUAUUGAGUUGCAAGAUGAAUAGCUUUAAACAAUGACAAUAUCUGCAAACAAAUAGCCUACGUAGGACUUUGUCAUUUUCGGUGGCUUUUUUGACAAUUUGAAAUGUGGAUACAAUUGUGGUGAAUUUGCUACUGUUUCCAUGAGUCUUUCUUCUCCAGACCUCUGGACGUUGUUGUGGAUUGUGUUGAUAUUUAAUGCAAUGGGCUGUAUCCACAGCAUUAGGUGUAAGCCAAAGAGUUUCCGUGAAAGUAUCAUAGUUCUGGAGGUGAACUCCUCCAUUGACUCCAACCCUACCAGCAUUGACGAGUCAUCCAGCGUGGUUCUGCGCUAUAGGACACCGCACUUCCGAGCCUCUGCUCGAGUUCUGGUGCCACCUGUAGCCGGGAAAGAGACGUGGACCGUUGGCUGGAUUCAAGCAUGCAAUCAUAUGGAGUUCUACAACAAAUAUGGAACCAAAGGGAUGUCCAGUUGGGAGCUGCCUGACCUGCGCGAUGGCAAGAUUCAGGCCAUCAGUGACUCGGACGGUGUCAACUACCCUUGGUAUGGCAACACCACUGAGACCUGCACCGUGGUGGGUCCUACCAAGAAGGAUACCAGGUUCACCGUCAGCAUGAAUGACAAUUUCUACCCCAGUGUGACAUGGGGCGUGCCAGUGUCGGACAGCAACAUACCCCAGCUCAGCAGCAUUCGCCGUGACCAAAGCUUUACUACCUGGCUUGUGGCCAUCAACCAGGCUACGGCCGAGACGCUGGUGCUGCAGACCAUCCGCUGGAGGAUGCAGCUUCAUAUCGAGGUGGACCCAGACAGGCCCUUGGGCCAGAGGGCCACCCUAAAGGAACCUGUGGCCCAGGAGCAGCCCCAUGUCCUUGUCAAGAAUGAGUCCAUCCCCCCCAACGCCAUGGUCAAGCCUAACGCCAACGACGCUCAGGUGCUAAUGUGGCGGCCAAAGAGCGGUGAUCCCAUUGUGGUGAUCCCGCCAAAGUACUGACUAGAAUGGCAGCUGAAAUGAAUAAGUGAUGGAUAUUGACAGUAUCUAUGGGAAACAUUGAUAAGAUCAGCUUUGCUUUCGUUGUUAGUUUACUUUUAUCUCUCUCAUCCCUCUGCUCUUUGCCUCUAUAUGCCUGCCCGUUACGUUCCCCUCGUCUUUUACUUAAUAAUUGAGAGAAACAAGAAGGGAGAGAAAAAGUUAAACAAGGACAAAAAAGAGGACAUUUGUUGCCUCUAUGUAGAGCUGGAACAUACUUCUAAAAACUUGAGUGAACAAACUGCAACCAUUCUACCUUUGAAACUGGGUCGGGCUUCACUGUGCUAAAUUAAUCAUUGCUAAAACAACAAAUGACAAAAACUCUUGUAUUAAUAUAUUUUGGGAGUCAGAAGUUAGGGGCCGGGGUGGGCUGGAGUGUGUGUGGGUUGAAAAAGAUUGUCCAUGGUUAUGUACAUGUUCCAUACAUGUAUAAAUAUAUGCACUUUGUGUUUUUUUUGCAUUGACCUGUUACAUUUUUAUGUGCUGGUUGGGAUUUAUUCUUGUUUGUGAAUGAGCCGAAAAGGCAUUGAGGAGACACAUGUAGUUGGUACUACUUUUUAAACAUGCAAGACAUUUAAUCCAUGCUGCCUUAAGUUUACAUCAUUUUCCAUGGCAAACUUUUAGCCUUAAACCACGUGCAAUGCAGUAUUUGGUCAUUGUCCCCUUAUCUUCCUAAUAGUUGGUGCUGGUGUGUGUGGGUUUUGGAAUUUUGGCAUUGAACCAGAGGCCAAAGGAACCCAAAUGGUUCAUCCACAUUUUGUAAACCAACCUUCCCUAUCGCAAAUGGUCUUUCAAGAAGAUAACAUUUAGGUUGCAUCAGGUCAAUUCUCAAUACAAUACAUAGAUAAUGCUUGAUCAAAUAUUUUGUGAUAUGAACAUCAACAUUUGUGCUAGAAUAUCCUCUAUACCCCUACUGACUACCUACUUACAUUCAUUGUUAUGGAGAUUGUCCACAAUCUCAAUUUAAGAGAUCACUGCAUGCCCUUUCAUUGGCCCUGUCACUAUAAGUGUCUUUCACACACUUUUUCUUUCCUACCUCCCUCCAUCUUUCCUCUCUGCAACUGUCAGAACAGAGUGUCCAUAAGCAGAUAGGCAAUACUAUUAUCAAUAAGCAAUCAAAACGUGCAGCAGAUAGGAGAAAUAGAAACACAAUGAAGGUGGUGAUUAUAGAGACCUGAUCAGAAAAAAGUCCUUUGAAAAAAUUGGGAGAUAAAUCAUCAGAAUUUUAUUGCACUUGUGUGUGAGAGUAUGUGUGUGUACAUGAGAAGCCACUUUUGACAGGAAUGUGGAAAGAGGUUGGUGCAUAGUGUGAAUAUGAUAGUAUCCACACUUCAGUCAUCUUUACUUUCUCUGUUUCCACAUCUCCCAAUGCCCUUUUGUCCUUUCUCACUUACCGUAUCCGUUCAAUGCUCUCUCAUUCCACCUUCUUUUCAAUUUCCUUUUCCUUGCUUCCAUCAUUCUCUUCUCUAUACUUUCUAACAACCCCCUCUCUUUUCCUUUAUCCUCCAUUUUUUUCAUAGUGCAGGAGGAAGGGCAGAGCAGUAAGCAUGCUUGAUUGGCAUAUAGAUGACCCACUUCUUUAGGUUGGCUCCCUGCAGAAAUGUUGUACUCCCUUCCCCCCAUCCAUUCAUUUGUCAUGGGCUAAAACACACACACACUAAAUACAGCUGUGAUGCAAAACACCUUCAUAACCAAUGCAAUAAUGCCCAGUCGACUUGUUUGUUAAUCCAUGGGCAUAUUUUUUGCCUGAGCUGAAAUCUCUGACACAUGUAGGGGGAGGGGAGAGGGAGUAGAAAUUGUGUGCGUGUGUGUAUGUGUGAAUGGUGAAGAGGGGUUGAAAAUAGCAUCAGGGCCUUUUUAUCUUCUUACAACAUUAUCCUCCUUAUCAGUAGAAGCAUUGGAAGCUAAAUCUGGAAUGUGCAUUUUUUUUUUGUGCAUGGCCAAAGCUACUAUUAUGAAGCAGAUUAGAUUGCUAUGUCAGCUGCAAAACAAUUUGUGAUAUUGUUUGAUAGGGUCUGGAAGCUGCUGCGAUUCACAAUGCUGUGCCUCAAAAUUACUCUUUGCAAAACAAAUAUAGCAAUGUGGUCAACAAGGUUUAGUUAGCUGUAAUAUAUGGUUAUUUCAGAGUCCAUUAGUAAAAUUCCGGGUGGAAGGUGGGGUGAUAUGUGACUGACAAGAGCUUGAUGCUGGUUGCAAAUCAUCACUAAAGCAUGAGUACAUUUCAUAUACCAUAACCUGAUGUCUUGGUCUUGAUGUCACAGUCUGUAGCCAACUGCGUGGCCUGAGGUAAUUGACAAUUUGCUUGGUAGCAUGGUAUUGGCUGAAAAUUUUGACAACAAGGGUGCCAUUUUAUCUUUGGAUCAGAGGCCUUGACAUUCUAAUCAUGUGAGAGCUCCUGACUACAUCCCUCAGCUUGUCCCUGCCAAAACAGAUUAUGUAUUCCAUGUUAUAUUAUGUGUGUGUACCAUGUAAUAACCCCUUGACAUGUGGAGUUGCCCUGACUGAAGCUGUAUGAGUAUGUGUGAACAAUCUAAUUUUAUUACAUGAGCAAGGGGGAUUUUAUUUAUCAGGUGCUGUAGUUUAACUACUCUUUGCUCUUAUGCUGACAUGUUUUGACACAUGUGCAUAGUUGUGUGGUCUUGCACAAACACACAUCCAUGUCACAAGACAGAAAACAGAGGGCCCAAGGAGAAGCUUAGCUUACCAUAGUAUCUGAUGGUCACUGCAACAUCCUGACAGUGAGUGUGAACAUUGUUUUACAACACAGACACAUUGUCAUAAAGAGAACAGUUAAAGUGUGUCAGAUGUUGAUUAUUAUGUAAUUCACAAGUGAGUGCCCUAUUAUGAUAAUCUUCCUAUCAAGAAUGCCUUGAAAGGGUCCUCAUUUGCCCUGGUAAACUUUUUGCCACAAAUCAGUUAUACUUAGUGUAAGAUCACAUUGUCAUGGACAUUAUUACAUAUGGUUUAAUAUAUGUAGCCCUUACACGCUUACAGUGUCACAAACGUACUAUGUCUGAGAACCAAGUAUGCACUCUCUUUUUUUGAGUCAAUUAAACAAACCUUCCAAAACCCACAAUGCGUAGUCCUGAGGGUUUCUAUGGAUCUUUAUGUAGAAAUCCUCUAAAAUAUCUUAAGGGAACCCAAUACACCAGCAGUCAAGGUCACCCUUUUGGUUAGAUGAACAACAGACCAAGGCUAACUCUAAGGACUGUCCACCUUUGUUCUAUAGCCUUUGUUAUGGGUUGUAUUUCUUGUAGACUAAAUAUUAGAUUGGAUACUUCAUCUGUCAAUCCAUUUGGCUGUCAUCUCGUAGUUUUCAGUAGAUUAGUCAUGUUGUGAGCAGAAGACAGGACGAAAGUAGAAUACCGGUAGUUUUGCGUUGACAUUGAUACUUGAAAAGAUUUAACAGUUUUGGUUAAUUAAAAACAGUACAAAUAUAUGUAAAAAUACAGAUAAAACAAAUGGUCUUUUUCAUAAAUAAAAACGUGCAAAUG